UAGAGGACACUGGAGAACGACUACGGACAUCGCAAAAAUGUGGAAUUUUUUGAAAGGUUUUGUUUUCCCUCCAUCUCGACGUGAACGGGAGCAAGUCGAUAUGGCGGUAACAGAGAUGGAGGCUCUUCUGAAGCCGAUGAAACAAUAUCGAAGUGGCGUAGCAAAUGAAGUCUGGCCCGGACUUUACAUCGGCGACAUGAAAGUGGCUAGAAAAUAUAGUGAACUGCAAAGGAGUGGAUUCACCCAUGUGGUGAACUGUGUUGAUGGUGUUGUAGACGUUAAGAUCUACACCAAGAGGGGAAUGAAAUACAUGGGCUUCAGGUCAUUAGAUAUAGACACAUUUGAUUUAAGCCCUUACUUCAGUCCUGCGGCAGAGUUUAUUCAUACAGCAUUAGGAGAAAAAGGAAAAGUCCUGGUUCACUGUCACGCUGGAGUGAGUCGAUCAGCGACAAUAGUUCUGGCUUAUCUCAUGCUGAAACGCAACAUGCACCUGGUGGAAGCAAUCAACACUGUAAAGAAGAAAAGAUGCAUCUAUCCCAACCGAGGCUUCAUCAGACAACUGGUCUACCUUCAAAAAGAUUUGCAUGGCUGGAUAUAACGGUACACGUAUUAGUCCCGAGCCGUUACGGUACAGACGACACCGUGAUGCCUGUACCGUGAUGGUUUGGUCAUGUGUUUGGUCACGUCAAAUGUCUUGUGCCUGUCAAAGUAGUUAGCAUCCAAAAAAUGUAUAUUAGUAUAUGACAAUAUAUUUUUAGUUUUGAAUGUUUUAGCAUAAUUAUAGCAUGUUCUAACUUAAUGCUAGUGAUGUAGGUGGUUCUAGGCUUUGUUAGAUGGUCUAUAGAUGGUUUCAAAGCAACAACAUAAACAAACGUUACUGUGCAAUUGUGAGUUUGUGGACUGACCUUAACUUCCGGUACGCAUCCACAAACAAUAGAGUGCCUGUAGAUUAACCGAGAAGACCCGUUACUUGUCUAAACUUGCC